AUGCAAGUGGAAAUGGGUGGUCUACUUCCUCCACAUACAGGUGCCAUGGCAGCAGCGCGAGCCUCGGAAAUCGGGCCGCAAGGGCUAACUUACUUCGUGGACGCGACUAUCGUUCGCAACGUACCGGAAGACGAUAAGUUGAUCAAAGAGGAGAUGUUUGGCCCCGUUCUUGUGGUCAAUACCUUCUCGGACGAGGAGAAAGUCUUGAGGAGAGCAAAUGAUACCGAGUUUGGCCUGUACUCGAGUGUCUUUACGAGCGAUAUUUCGCGAGCUUUGAGAGUUGUCAAAGCGCUAGAGGCUGGUGCAGUUGCCGUUAACUGUACAAGUCCUUUCAUGGUUGUUGAUCUGCCAAUGGGCGGAUGGAAGCAAAGUGGUAACCUACCCUACAAUACAAAACCAUACGAAAUCGAGGAAGUGCUCGCCACCAAUGGCUUCGGCCACUUAGAAAAUAUCCACAUCUCUAUCGAUCCCGUCAGCGCACGGAACCCAGGCUACUGUUUCGUCGACUUCACCGACCGAUCGACUGCCGACCAUGCCCUUAGUUCCUUGAGCGCAACCAUUAGUGGACGGCCUAUAAGGGUAGGCCCAUGCGAGCCCAAGAAGCAGGGCGAUCGCCAUUACAACCGCCAGGACAGCUUUGCUUUCCGGCGAUGGGGCGAUUGGAGCGCCACUAGCGAGAUUACCAUUGGCCAAAUCAGUGGCAAGGGGAUCGAACAGGGUCCCUACUGGGCCCUGGAUCACUUUGAUGACAUGAUACAGAGCCACGAGGCGCGGAGGCUCUAUGUCGGUGGGUUGGGCAAGAUGAUUAACCAAGCCCAACACAACCGAGAGAUCACCGAUCUUUUCGCUGGCUUCAGCCCGACGGCGAUUGGCAAACGGAUCACGCCACACAAGAGCACAAGAUCUAUGCCAGGCAACCAUCACUACUGCUUCAUUGAUUUCGAGACCAAGGAGGAGACAAAAGCAGCGAUGAAGGCACUGAACGGCAGGCCCAUUGCGGAGGGCAAGCUAAAGGUAGCGCUGGCGGGGGACAUACCUAGAACGCUGGUUAAUCGUCAUACUGAUGUCAGAUACGGUCGCCGUGUGUACAAUGGGAAUUACUUGGGUUCAAAUAGCCCCUGUUCUGAAAACAUGGCGGAAUCGAACAAGGCCUUAGCAUCCAGCGACUGGCGCAGGAGGGGUAACGAGUAA